AUGGUUGUGCACCACGGUGAUAUAUGGCCGCGGGCCAGUGAGUCGGGCACUGAACAAUUCCUCUAUCUCAUUUCAAAUCCUUUCGUCUCUCAGUUCCAAACAAGCGCCAUUUGGGCGUCACUGGGUACUUCCGUCGGCUUAUCUUUCCUACUCGCGCUACUUUUCUCCCUCUUCCGACCUCGACACAACCUUGUGUAUGCGCCCAAGGUGAAGCAUGCCGACCAAAAGCAUGCCCCGCCCCCAGUGGGCAGAGGCUUCUUCUCAUGGGUGAAGCCCGUCAUCAAUACUCGAGAGCCCCAGCUGGUUGAGACGGUGGGCUUGGAUGCGGCGAUCUUCUUGCGCUUCACCAAGAUGUGUCGCAACAUCUUCAUCUUCUUCAGCAUCAUCGGCUGCUUGGUCUUGGUGCCCGUCAAUGUGUCCCAGAGCCAAGGCGAUUCCGCCGCGCAGUCUACCUUGACCAAGAUGACACCUCUCUACGUGACCAAUGUCCCGGCGAUCUGGAGUCAAGUCGCGUGUGCCUACUGUUUCGACGCCAUCCUUGCAUUCUUCUUGUGGAGGAACUACAAGGCCGUGAGAAAUCUCCGCCGACAAUACUUCCAGAGUUCCGAAUACCAGCGAAGCCUCCACGCCCGCACGUUGAUGGUCACGGAUAUCCCUGCGCCGGAUCGCAGCGAUGAAGGCAUCUUGCGCAUUACAGACGAGGUCAACCCUACCGCCACAUUACCGCGCGCUGCGAUCGGUCGCAACGUACGGGACCUCCCCAUGGUUAUCAAGGAACACGAGGAGAAUGUCCGAAAGCUGGAGUCCGUUCUCGCCAAGUACCUCAAGCGCCCCGGCAACUUGCCGGCCAAGCGACCGACCAUGCGUCCACCCAAGAGCCAGCGAGCCAAACAUCCCAACGGCAAAGUCGAUGCCAUUGACUACCUGACCGUGCGAAUUCGCGUUCUGGAAGAGGAGAUCAAGCAUGGAAGGGCCUCGAUUGACCGCCGAAACGCGAUGCCGUACGGAUUUGCCAGUUGGGAGAGCAUCGAACACGCCCACGCGGUCGCAUGGACGGCCCGCAAGAAGCACCCCAAGGGAACGACAAUCGCCCUUGCUCCUCGGCCCAGUGAUCUCAUCUGGGAGAAUCUGCAUCUCACCAAGCAAGCUCGCAAAUGGAAGCGAUUCCUCAACGUGAUCUGGGUCACCGCGCUGACCCUUGUGUGGAUCGUGCCUAACGCCCUGAUUGCGGUCUUCUUGUCCAACCUGAACAACUUGGGGUCAGUCUGGCCGCGCUUUCAAACCUCCCUCUCGGCGGACCCCAAGGUCUGGGCUGCUGUGCAGGGUAUCGCCUCGCCGGCAAUUACCUCGCUGGUCUACCUCGUGCUGCCGAUCAUUUUCCGACGAUUGUCUGUUCAAAGUGGUAGUCAUACCAAAACUUCUCGAGAGCGACACGUCUUGGGUCAACUUUAUGCAUUCUUUGUCUUCAACAACCUGGUGGUCUUUUCGCUCUUCUCUGCAGCCUGGACGUUUGUGUCGACCGUGAUCGACAAGACCAAGACUGACCAGGAAGAUGCCUGGCAGGCGAUCGUCGACAGUCAAUUCUACGCCAAAAUCAUGAGCGCAUUAUGCACAGUCUCGCCCUUCUGGGUGACGUACAUUCUGCAGCGCAAUCUGGGAGCCACGAUCGAUCUGGUACAAUUAAUCACUUUGGUCUGGGUCUGGUUUGCCAAAACGUUCCUCUCGCCGACGCCUCGACAGGCGAUCGAAUGGACUGCGCCGCCGCCAUUCGAUUAUGCGAGCUACUACAAUUACUUCCUUUUCUACGCCACAGUUGCUUUGUGUUUCGCGACUCUGCAGCCGAUCGUGCUUCCCGUGACCGCACUCUACUUUGGCGUCGACGCUAUACUUCGAAAAUACCUUUUGAUGUAUGUGUUUGUGACCAAAAACGAGUCGGUCGGGGCUUACUGGCGGCCCUUGUUUAACCGUCUCAUCUUUGCGAGUAUCCUUGCCAACUUCAUCGUUGGAAUUGUCGUCAAGGUUCGCGGAACUUGGACCAUGGUGUUUUGUCUCAUCCCGUUGCCCAUCCUGAUGCUGGCCUUCAAAGUCUACUGCAUGAGGACAUUUGAUGACGACAUUGCGUAUAUCAAUCGCGGCAAUCUCACGGACGCGGAGGCUGUUGGCACAUCCAAGAUCAGCAAAAAGGCUGGCGAUCGCCUCCGUUCCAAGUUUGGUCACCCAGCUCUGUACAAAGCUCUGAUGACUCCCAUGGUUCAUGCCAAGGCCGCCGAAGCCCUCAAGCAGAUAUACCAGGGUCGACUUGAGCACGGCGACAUGGAGAAUGAAUAUUCCGAUGUGGCCAUGAAUCCCAUGCUGCCUUCACAACCAGGCAAGGAAGCCGAAUCGGCUCCCUUCGAAGUCGUCCCGGAGUCCCACCUGGACUUCUCCUACUACAAGAAUCGAGCCGACUUCCGCGACGAGUUCGGCGGUGGCAUCUACGGUCGACCAGAAGAUUUGAUGACAGAGCGAUCCCAUACACCUCGUAGCAUGCUCGGUGGUGAAUGGUCCCCCUCGUCAUCUCGCGCUUCCUCACCGGUUCCCUCUCUACCUUCAUUACCAGGUCUCAGGGCACCAGAAGGACACCCAGACAGCGAUCAGUCCUUGAUCCAUCCCGCUUUCCGCGUCCCUCUAUCCCGGACAAAUACCGGCGCUGAGCCCUAUCCCCCCGAUGAGAUUGAAAGUCAUCUUCUCAGUCACGCACAGACGCCCGGACAAGCGGACAUCAAUCCCCUCGACCGCUGGCGGACCCGCGGGUACGGGCCAGUCCAUCAAGAAGACGAUCCAUAUCAAACUUCUUACGAGGCGUACCGGACAAGCAGGUAG